CUGCGGCUGCUGCUGUGGAUACGGAGAGGAGCUGCUGCUGAUGUGGGAGAAAUAACGGUGUGAAGUCCGCCACGUCGAGGCGAGAAAUGGGAAGGUUUCGCCUCUUCCCCCACGAGGAGUUCACGUUCGUAAAACAGACUUUGCUUCCUUGAGAGCCACUUCCGUUUCUUUUGUUUACACUUCACGCGAGCGACCCAAGUUGCGUUCGGCUAGGACCGCCUAGCUAACGGUGGCUACUGGCUAGCAGCAGCGAGGAGCCGCAGUUAACGGAGCUCCACUGCCGAGGCACUCCGGGGACGGAGAGGCCGGUUUCAGGGCGUCCAGACCCCCGUCUGCGGUGAUCGCAAACGCGGCUGGUUGUGGUUUGAUUGUUACCGCUCGGUCGAAUAACUUUUCAUCCCCGGGAAGGUGCGCGAUCGGUCUGCGAUGAUGAGCUAAACUGACGCCUGAAUCGGAAACAGCGCAGCUCAAACAACUGCAGCAAAGAUGAAUCAUCUUUUGUGGCGACACAAACGCCUGUCAGAGAGUUUGGGGAAUGCCUCUCCUAAUGGCCUUCCCCCUGGCCCUCCAGUCACCGUGGCCCCUCAAGGAUCCAACACUUCCUGGGUGCCAGAAACGCCCGUGGUCACGCCCGAAGAGCCGAUCUUUCUCAUGACCUCCACGGCCCAAACCAUAUCAGGGUUUUUUGUGUGGACGGCUCUUCUCAUCACGUGUCAUCAGAUCUACAUGCAUCUCCGCUACUACAGCUCUCCAAACGAGCAGAGGCACAUAGUCCGGAUCCUCUUCAUCGUCCCCAUCUAUGCCUUCGACUCGUGGCUCAGCCUUCUCUUCUUCACCAACGAGGAGUAUUACGUCUACUUCGACACAGUGCGGGACUGUUACGAAGCCUUUGUCAUCUACAACUUCCUGAGUCUGUGUUAUGAAUACCUGGGAGGAGAGAGCGCCAUCAUGGCUGAAAUCCGAGGGAAGCCUAUCGAGUCCAGUUGUGUGUACGGGACGUGCUGUCUGUGGGGGAAGACCUACUCCAUCGGCUUCCUCAGGUUUUGCAAACAGGCGACUCUCCAGUUCUGCGUGGUGAAGCCUCUGAUGGCGGUGAUCACCGUCAUCCUCCAGGCCUUCGGGAAAUACAGAGAUGGAGACUUCAACGUGGCGAGCGGCUACCUGUACGUCACCAUCAUCUACAACAUCUCCGUCAGCCUGUCGCUCUACGCCCUCUUCCUCUUCUACUUCGCCACCCGGGAGCUGCUGGUGCCGUACAACCCCGUGCUGAAGUUCUUCAUGGUCAAGUCGGUCAUCUUCCUGUCCUUCUGGCAGGGGAUGCUGCUGGCCAUCCUGGAGAAGUGCGGCGCCAUCCCGCAGAUCAACUCGGCCGAUUUCUCCGUGGGCGAAGGCACGGUCGCCGCAGGCUACCAGAACUUCAUCAUCUGCAUCGAGAUGUUCUUCGCUGCCGUCGCGCUGCGCCACGCCUUCACCUACAAGGUCUACAUGGACAAGCGGCUGGACUCGUACGGCUCCUUUCCUAUCUAUGGACAGUACGGCCGCUGCGCCCCCAUGAAAAGCAUCUCCAGCAGCCUGAAGGAGACCAUGAACCCGGGAGACAUGGUCCAGGACGCCAUCCAUAACUUCUCGCCGGCCUACCAGCAGUACACCCAGCAGUCCACCCUGGAGCGCGGCGGGGGGCCGCCGCUGUCCCGCAGCCACAGCAACCUCAGCACCCGCGGGGACAAUGAAAAGACCCUCCUGCUCAGCUCCGACGACGAGUUCUGAGACCCGGACGCGCCGUCGGGGGCCUCACUUUACUCCUGCUGCCUGACGGGGGUCGGUUUAGCUGCUGUGUGAGACAAAUCGGAUCUGUUUUCAUCUUUAGCGUGAAGGAUCGGAUUGUUUUUUUUUUUUUUUCUUUUUAUGUAGAAACCAAUGAAAGACGAGUGCUACGUGAGAUGGACUGCAGUCAUGGUCGUGUGAGGGAUGUUGUUUUUUAUUUUUUAUGAGGAAAAGGGAAAUAAAUUGCUGCGGUAGGUAUGGGGGAGUGUGGUCGUACACGUAAAGCGAGGGAGCGGUGAGGUCGGGAACAUUGAAUUCAUUAACCGGCCGGGCUCUGGCUCCCGUCGAUGUCACGGUUGUGCUUAUUGGACAUUACGGACAGAAAUGAGACGUCCGUGUUCCUCUCCAUGAAUAUGGAUCGCUCCAAACAACUGUGCCUACAUAUAGCGUCUCAAUUCAGCACUUUAAGCAGUGAGGCAAGAAAAAAAAAAAAAAACAAGAACAUGUUACAUAUAAGGUCCAGAAA